AUGUCUGGCACCCCAGCCCCCGGUCGCCCGCCCGCGCCGGCCGGUCUUUUUCUCUUUUCUCUUUCUUCCAUCCCACUUAGAUUCAUCACGCCGCCAACACCAUCCGAUCUCCCACCCACCCGACUUCAUCAAGUUCCACCAGCAGCCACCAUGACGAAGUCACCGUCGACCCUCUCCUGCUCGCGCGCGCCAGGCCCAAACACGUGUCACCCGUGUCUGGAGUCGUUCCGCCGCGGGCAGGACGAGGCGAGGUGCAUUGAGGACUUGUUUGCGGAUGCCGAGAAGGUGUGCCGGCGCGAGCAUCCACACCCUUCGGGUGUCAAUCUCUUUGCGUCGGAUUGCGUGACGAAAGCAUGUCUUGAGUCGAAAGAAGGCUGUAUCCCCAUCGUUCUGUGCCCAAAGACUGAGCCAGACGAUGAAACUGUGGUCCCUGAGCUGGAGAAAAACCUCGUCGGUCUCGUUGCUAAACUCCUCGCGGAAUUUUUAGUCACCACCCGGCUCACAAUUGAGUCGGAAGGGCAGGGUGGCGCGCCUGCCGACGAAGUCCACCGCCGCCGCAUGCUUGCGGCCACAAGAAACCCCCUCCCUUCCGAGGAGAACGCCGACUGCGAGGUCGUGCGUGCCGUGAGGAAACGGCAAGAGCUGCGUUUGCUGCCCAAGGAUCUGGGGUUCAGCGGCUGGCAAAUUGCCAAGCGAGCCUUCUUUGAAGGCAUCCGCAAGUUUCUCUGCCGCCCAGAGCUCGAGCCUGGAUUUGAUGUUCUUGUCGACGAGCCAAUCCGCUCUGGAGAGGCCCACGAAGAGGAUGUGAAGGCAUUCCGCGAGGAGUACUUUCCGCUGUAG